AUGGCGCUAGGUUUCGGCAGCAAGAAGACUGUCGACGACGGCACCGUCGACCGCAAACCCUCUCCUUCCGACGACAAACAUGUCCUGGACACCUCCGGUAAGUAUGGCGCCGGCUACGACCAGGAAGCCGCCCGCGCGCACGGCGACCGCCCCAUGCGCCGCAUCAGCGAGCCCAUCAUCAAGCCCGUCGUCGUCGGCGGCUCCGACUCGGAUAGCACCGUGAGCGUGGGCAAGCAGAUCGCCCUGGAGGAAUCCAACGCGAUCCAGUAUCGCACAUGCAGCUGGCCCAAGACGGCAGCCCUGCUCUUCUCCGAGUACAUUUGCCUGGCAAUCAUGUCCUUCCCCUGGUCCUAUUCGAUUCUGGGACUUGUGCCUGGCCUGAUCUUGACCGUUGUGAUAGCCGGUCUGGUCCUGUACACGUCAUUGAUCACUUGGGAGUUUUGCCUGCGCCAUCCCGAGGUCAAGGACGUGUGCGACAUUGGUCAGAUGCUGUUCUUCAACUCGAAAUGGGCGUGGUGGUUCACGGCCGUCAUGUUCCUCCUGAACAACACCUUUAUCCAAGGUCUCCAUUGUCUCGUUGGCGCGAAAUAUCUGAACACAAUGACUAACCACGGCAUGUGCACCAUUGGCUUCUCCGCUAUUGUCGCCGUCAUUUCUUGGUUUUGCUCGCUUCCGAGAACCUUUUCGACCCUGGCCAAACUGGCCACGGCUUCUGCGUUCUUUACCUUCAUCUCCGUGUUGUUGGCAACGAUAUUCUCUGCCAUUGAACCUCACCCAGCUGGCUAUCCGAGCCUGGGUGAGCCUGUCAUUCUGGCAGUUCCAGCCGCAGGAACCACGUUUGUUGCUGGCAUGAACGCGUUCAUGAACAUCAGCUACACUUUCAUCGGUCAAAUUACGCUUCCGUCGUUCAUUGCGGAGAUGAAGAACCCCAGGGAUUUCCCCAAAGCCCUCUGGACUGUCACAAUUGCCGAAGUGAUCGUAUUCAGCUUGGUUGGCUCAAUCGUCUACGCCUACACCGGCACCAAUUACGUCACAGCUCCAGCAUUCGGGUCCAUCAGCGAUGAGGUCUACAAGAAGGUCAGCUUCAGCUUCAUGAUUCCGACAAUCAUCUUCCUGGGUGUUCUGUAUGCCUCGGUCUCGGCCCGUUUUGUCUUCUUCCGCCUGUUCUCGGGUUCGCGCCACAUGAGCGACCACACGAUCGUCGGCUGGGCGGCCUGGGGUGGCAUCCUCGCGGCCCUCUGGGUCUUUGCCUUCAUUAUCGCUGAAGUCAUUCCAUUCUUCUCGGAUCUGCUCAGCUUGAUGAGUUCGCUCUUUGAUUCGUUCUUCGGUUUCAUCUUCUGGGGCGUCGCCUACAUCCGCAUGCGCAGGGCGGACUAUGGGCCGAACUUCUACAAAACGCGCGGCUGGAAAGGCCCCGUUGGCUUCGUAUUCAACAUCAUCCUCUGCAUGAUCGGUCUGCUCUUCCUGAGCGGCGGAACCUACGCAGUCGUCAAGAGUAUCAUCGAAGGAUACGAGGCGGACAGCUUCGGCGGCGCGUUCUCGUGCGCGUCGAAUGCUUUGUAG